GAGAUGGCAGCUCUGCAGAUGAAGCCUGAACUGUCAUGGCGAGGAAGACUCGAUUCAGUCUCUCAUGGAAGGCGGAGGAGUGGAAGGAACGCCAAUGGCUCGGGGUUCGUCGUUGCUGGCCAGGCGCGGAGGAUUGAAGGCGUGAGCGAGGAGCUGAACGCCAUUGCCCGCCAGAACCUUGAUUUUGCGGUGGUACGCCGGAGAGUUCGGUGGGCGUUUGCUGGAACUCAGCAGGAGCUCGAUCAUCUCCUUUUCAAGAGGGCACCAUCUGGCAUUCAAAUGGAGGAGUGGUAUGAAGUGAACUCCAGAGGGUUGGAGGUCUUCUGCAAGAGCUGGUUCCCCCCACCUUCAUCGAAGGUUCGCAUCAAGGGUGCUGUCUUCUUCUGCCACGGCUAUGGCGAUACCUGCACCUUCUUCUUCGAAGGAAUUGCCAAAAGAAUUGCAGCAGAAGGGUAUGGAGUUUUUGCAAUGGACUAUCCAGGGUUUGGUCUUUCGCAAGGGCUGCACGGGUACAUACCAAGCUUUGACGAAUUAGUGGAGGAUGUGAUUGAACAAUAUACCAAGAUCAAAGGAAAGCCUCUCAUUAGAAAGCUGCCCCAUUUCAUUUUCGGACAAUCUAUGGGAGGAGCUGUUGCUCUUAAGCUUCACCUUGAGCAGCCAAGUAUGUGGGAUGGUAUUGUCCUAGUUGCUCCUAUGUGCAAGAUUGCAGAAGACAUCAUGCCACCUGAUUUCAUGGUAAAGAUUGCAAAAUUCUUGUCCGUUGCUCUUCCCAAAGUGAAACUCUUUCCCAAUGAAGAUCUCAGUCAUUUCACAUUUCAAGAACUUGCCAAACGAAGAUUGGCUCAAGUUAAUGUGGUCUCAUACAAGGACAAAGUGCGGGUAAGGACUGCGAUGGAGCUUUUGAAGACCACCAAGGAGAUUGAACGUCAGUUAGACAAGGUUUCUGCUCCUUUAUUGAUACUUCAUGGUUCGGAAGACAAAGUGACUGAUCCUCAAGUGAGUCAAUUUUUGUACCACAAAGCAAGCAGCCAGGACAAGACAAUCAAGUUAUAUAGAGGAGGUUACCAUUGCAUUUUGGAAGGAGAAUCAGAUGAGAGGAUUCUGGAAGUGAUAAAUGAUAUUAUCUCAUGGCUGGACGUGCAAUCUGUUAUUAACAAAAAUUAGUUUGAUUUAUGACAAGAUCUUAUUGUUCAAUGUGAAU